AUGAUGCCUCUUGAUGACGGUAGACGCGUCUCUGGAGCUUUAUACUGGGUCAAACUACGCUCCAUGCCGGUAUUUUGGCCUGCUUGCGUGUAUCCAAGCUAUUCGGACGCUGUGGCGCACACGCACGACGUAUGGGCCUUACGCAACGCCAAGCCCGCGCUGGAUGCAGAAGAUCGCGUCCUGUACUUUUUUGGUGUAGGUCCUCGUGCCUGCCAUGUGGUGUCAUGUGGAAUAGCACCGAAUCUACAGCUCUGCGUCAUGCACGAGGACGAUCUGAUGCUCGAGGACUGGAAGACGAUCGAGGACUUUUCCGUGCUCUGUAGCAAGUACCAAGUGCCCGAGAAUAUUGUCACUAAUGCACAGAACAAUGAAUGCUUCUUACGAGCAUGUGAGGAGGCGAAGACGUAUGCGAGGGAUGUACAGACUGACGAAAAAGCUAGGGAACUGUUCGUAACGCUGCUGACGAUGGCUAAGAAAGCCCAUACGACGGGCAAGGCCGUGGUAGCCAGGGAGAUCAUUGCAUCGCCUACUCUUACCCGUGUAAAGAAAGUAGAGAAUAGCAAAAAGACACGGAAGUUGUUUGUCAAGAAGACAAAAUCUGAUGUGGCCAAACUGCUCAAGACACCGGCCAUGGUGACGAUGGUGACCAAGUGCUGGCAACAAAUGUUAGAAGCGGGAUGGGAAACGAUGACACAAGGAGAUGGACAAGUACUGUACAAGAUGCCCGGUACGAGUUUCUUUGACUUCGUGCCGAACGUCAACCUCUUUGACUCGCUGGAGAAGGCCUGUGCGAGGUAUUUGAGUGACUGGGUCAAGAUGACUUAUAUUGAGUCUAGUGAGGACUGUCCUGAGUUGACGGAGUUUCUGUGGCUCAUGGCAGCUGGAAGUGGCUGGGAAAGUAUGUCAACUACGACAGAGACUAUGUAUAAAAAGGCAGGCACGCCGUUUGAUCAGUGGGUGCCUAAUGUGACAAUCUUUCGCACCAAGAAUCAAGCUGUGGCCAAGUAUUUGGAAGAAUGUGGACUAGUUUGGUAUGACAAUGACGACACUACCGAGCAAGAUGACACUCCGGCAGUGCUCCACGCUGCUGAUUCCGGCAAAAUGGAGUUGUCAAACCAAUUUGUCAACAAAAAAAGUAAAGAUUCUGGUGACAAAGAAGAGGACAACCAAGAAGCAGACGAAGUCAUUCAUGUGUAUAAAGCGUCUGUAAGGCAAGCGCAGAAAAGCUUACGCAAAAAGAAUGCGGCUAAGCCCAACAAAGCUGCACCAAAGCCACAGCAAGCAAAGGCUGUCGCGAAGGCGCCGGUAAAACAUGUCAAUCCUAUUAGGACAGUACAGAAAGAGAAAAAGUCUAGCAAAACGGUUCCUCACUUUGAGAUGUCCUUUGGAAAGCUUGAGAUGGAAUUGAAGAAUCGUGGAUGGUACUGGAAAGAUGGAGGCCUUCAGUGGUUGUACUUCCAGCCUCACUGCAAGACAAAGGAUAAAAAUUCUCUUGAGCCAAAUAAGGAUUUUUUUCGAGGUCGGGAAGAGCUGGAAGCUCACGCUUAUAAUAGUGGCCUUUAUGAUCACGUUCACACAAAGCUAAAAGAGGACCACUACAAAAAAUACGCAUCUGAGAGUGACAAGGAUGCCGAUAGCGACGACGAAGUUCAGAAUCACAAGCGCCCUGCAAAGACGCUAGUCCGUACGGCAGUUGCUGACCCCAAGCCGCAGCCCAAGGUGGCUUCAGCGCGACAUGAUCGCGGCUACACCCAAUCUGUAAGUCGCUUUCGACGUGGUCGCUCCAAGUCUACACCUCGUGGUGUGACAACUCAAACAGCCUUCGCCCCUAAGGUCAAGUUUGGCGACAUUUGGCGCAGCCUGUCUGAAAAUGGUUGGCACUAUCGUCCUGGCAAAAUGGAGUACGAUUACUUCAAGCCUCACUGCGCCACUGCUAAGGACGGCAAACCAGGAGUGGACUUCUUCCAGAGUAAGGAUUUGCUGAUUGAGUACUUGCAAACCAGUGGACUGUGGGACAAAACAGCAGCGCGUAUUCGUGCUGAAGCAGCUUUAAGCUCAAGCGACGAAGACAUAAUGAAUAGUGAUAACGAGGCAGCAACUCCGAUUCAAAAGCGCAAGCGUGAUGAAGUCACGCCUGCCUUUCAACAGGGAAGUAAGAAACACAAAAAUGCUUCACUUUUCUGCACUCCAACAGAUGACAAGCGGUCUGUUGCUGUCGAUCUUACUGACGACGACGAAGAAACGGGUGAUACAAUAUCCCCCGAUGCUGCUGGAGUGAAGAGCAAGGAAAAUCAGAACUACGGAAAUGGGCGUCAGCCACUACGUAGUCUCGCAAACAGUUUCACACCUUCACCAAACGUUGCAAGGAAGGAAAAACAUUCGGUAAUUACUAGCAAUGAUAUUGAGGUGAAACCUACGCAGGAUGCUGGCCCUCACAACAUGAUUUUGAGCGCAAUCCGGAAGCUGACGUCGGCGUACAUUCCAACCAAUUUCCGUUACCGUGAGAAGGAGUUCAGCGAGAUUCGCGAGUUCUUCAGUGACUGCUUCGAAGGGAAAAUAAAUACUAGUCUGUAUAUCUCCGGAGCGCCAGGGUGCGGCAAGACCGCUCUGCUGAAGUCGACCCAGUCGGACAUCGAUAAACUCUACCGGGAAUGCUGUCCUGAACAAGCUGACAACGCGCCUAUCCGUUGCCACGUCAACGCGAUGGCUCUUGCCGACUCAUCAGCGUUGUUCUGUAAGCUUGCGGAAGCUUUGACGAGAAAACCGUUUUCAAACGGAAAUGAGGCUUACGAGGCUAUCGAGCGCGCGACGGCCCGUAGACUGAAGACGUCUAAGACAAUGAUUCUGAUCUUGGACGAGAUUGACACUCUUCUGAAGAACAACGGUACUGAAAACGAUCUUUGUCGGCUGUUCGAGCUAGCCCAGCGGGAAUCCCACAGCUUCAUCCUUAUUGGGAUUGCCAACCAGGCGGACUUCACGGAGCGACACCUACCGAUGCUUCAGCAGCGACUGCCAGACUACUCGCCGCGAGUUGUCAUCUUUGAGCCGUACAAGUAUCAGACCAUCGAGCAUAUUCUUAUCGAUCGUCUUGGCGGACAGACGGCAGCAUCUAAGAUGGUUAGCUCGCACGGCAUCUCGUUCCUGGCCCGUAAGAUCGCGUCAACGACUGGCGAUAUAAGACUAGCGGUCGACACCUGUCGCCGUGUUCUACAGCACAAACUGGACCAAAAUCAGAAAGAAAACUUGGAUAAUCCGUCAACUGACAAGGAGCUGGAACGCCCACUGCCUCUCACAGACGUGCUGCGCAUCAUCAAGCACGCACUGGAGUCCAAAAGUGCCUCGGCGAUUCGGUCGUUACCGCGCAACUUGCAGAUGAUUCUGUUCGCUUCAACUCGAUUGCUCAUCGUGACGGCUAACAGAGCCGCUGCGGAUGGAAGCGAGGCCACGCCGCUGUUUAGUGUGGAUGAAUUGUACUCGUGUUACUGCGAGGUGAGUAAGGACGCUGGAGUUUUUAAGCCACUGUCACAGCGCGACUUCAAAACCGCGCUUGAUACGCUAGGCAAGGAGGGUCUCAUUGCGGAGUCAGAGCUUCGAAAAAAACACCUGAUUAAGCUGCUGUUUGGUACCAGUGAGCUACUGCAGAGCUUCCGCAAGGAUCCGUUCUUCUCGCGGCUCGUAUAA